GGCGCCGCGCCCGCAUCCGAGCAUCCGCAUCCGAGCAUCCGCACCGCUCGCGGCGGCCCCAUUGGCCGGCCCCGGCUCCGCAGGGCCGCCUCGCAGCCAAUCGCGGCCGAGGGGUGGAGCUGCAGCCUGCGCCGGAUGCUCGGAGCCGCUGCUGCCCGGAGCGUCUACUGGCCGGAGCUGCCCGCCCGCACCCGGCCCCUCGGCGGCCGCACGGACACUGCGAGCGAGGGCGGCCAUGCAGGAGCCGCUGCUGGGAGCCGAGGGCCCGGACUACGACACCUUCCCUGAGAAGUCCCCGUCGCCGGGGGAGAGGACGCGGGUCGGGGCCCCACAGAACAAGAGGGUGUUCCUGGCCACCUUUGCCGCCGUGCUGGGCAAUUUCAGCUUCGGGUAUGCCCUGGUCUACACGUCCCCUGUCAUCCCAGCCCUGGAGCACUCCUUGGACCCGGACCUGAGUCUGACCAAAAGCCAGGCAUCCUGGUUUGGGUCCAUAUUUACCUUGGGUGCAGCAGCUGGGGGCCUUAGUGCUAUGGUUCUCAACGACCUCCUGGGCCGGAAGCUCAGCAUCAUGUUCUCAGCUGUACCAUCAGCAGCCGGCUACGCGCUCAUGGCAGGUGCCCACGGCUUCUGGAUGCUGCUGCUGGGGAGGACGCUGACAGGCUUCGCUGGGGGUCUCACAGCUGCCUGCAUCCCGGUGUACGUGUCUGAGAUUGCUACCCCGAGUGUUCGUGGGGCCCUGGGGGCCACGCCCCAGCUCAUGGCAGUGUUCGGAUCUCUGUCCCUCUACGCCCUUGGCCUCCUGCUGCCAUGGCGCUGGCUGGCUGUGGCCGGGGAAGGGCCCGUGCUCAUCAUGAUCCUGCUGCUCAGCUUCAUGCCCAACUCCCCUCGCUUCCUGCUCUCACGGGGCAGGGACACAGAGGCGCUGCGGGCGCUGGCCUGGCUCCGUGGGGCUGACACCGACAUCCGCUGGGAGUUCCAGCAGAUCCAGGACAACGUCCGCAGACAGAGCACCCACAUGUCGUGGGCCGAGGCCCGGAACCCCCACAUGUACCGACCCAUCCUCAUCGCCUUGCUGAUGCGCUUCCUGCAGCAACUGAUGGGCAUCACGCCCAUCCUUGUCUACCUGCAGCCCAUCUUCGAAAGCACUGCCGUCCUUCUGCCCCCGAAGGACGAUGCGGCCAUCGUGGGGGCCGUGAGGCUCUUCUCCGUGCUGAUCGCCGCCCUCACCAUGGACCUGGCUGGCCGCAAGGUUCUGCUCUUCAUCUCAGCCACCAUUAUGUUUGUGGCCAACCUGACGCUGGGGCUGUAUGUCUACUUCGGUCCGAAGCCUCUGACUCCCAACAGCACCAUGAGCACCAUGGGCCUCGAGAGUGUGUCCUUGGAGGGCACAGAGCAGCCCCUGGCCACCCCCUCCAGCUACCUCACCCUCGUGCCCCUGGUGGCCACCAUGCUCUUCAUCACAGGCUACGCCAUGGGCUGGGGGCCCAUCACCUGGCUCCUCAUGUCGGAGAUCCUGCCCCUGCAAGCCCGCGGUGUGGCCUCGGGGCUCUGCGUGCUCGUCAGCUGGCUCACUGCCUUUGCCCUCACCAAGUCCUUCCUGCUGGUGGUGGUGAGUAACUCAGAACGCCUUCGGCCUCCACGUGCCUUUCUUCUUCUUCACUGCCAUCUGCUUGGCCAGCCUGGUGUUCACUGGCUGCUGGGUGCCUGAGACCAAGGGCCGGUCGCUGGAGCAGAUUGAGUCCUUCUUCCGCACUGGGAGGAGGUCCUUCCUGCACUAGGUGAGGGUCCCCGCCCGGGGUGCCAAACCACUGGGCGCAAGGCCUCUGCGCUGGCCACAAGCCUGCACGCUGAGCCCGAAGGCAGCAGCAAUCUGCCAUCUGACGGAACACAGGAGGACCAGACAGAAGCAUGGCAGGCCCCCCACAGGGCACGUUCUGGCUCUGGGCAGGCAGCACCCCUCUCCAUCCUAGGCCCCAGCUCAGGCAGCCUGCCGUGUUGCACACUCAUCGGCCAAGACGCACCGGCAGAGGAGGCAGCCAUGGGCCACAGGGGAGCACACGGCCCGGGGGCCAGGACAAGGCCCUGCUGGCUGACCUGGGGCCUGGUUCCUUACUUGGGUGCAGAGGAUGCGCCCAGAGGGCUAUAACGAGGAGAGAGCACAGGGCAGGAGACGGUGGAUGGAUCCACACAGGGACAUCAUCGUGCCAUUUUGUUCUGAUCCGCUUAGUCACCACGGAACAAUUUGACUACAGGGAGGAAGACAAAUCUGUACUUCUAAAAGUUUAUGGGUACUAUGGGGAACAUUCUAGACUCCCACAGGCCAGGGCCCAAGACCCAGCACAGACACUUCCUCCUGCACCCACCCAACCUCUGGAAACGGGGCGCAAGUGUUCCUGUCUGCAAACCAUGUUCACCCUAUUUGUAAAAAUAAAUCAGGCUCUUGGCCUUGGACUGGCAGGAUGGGGUAUAUUGCAGAUGGGGGAGCCCACCCAGCAGCCAGGUUUGGCUAGACCCAAACUCUCAGCCAAGGUUGCCAGGGCCUGCUGCCCUAGGCAAGGCCCCCUCCGGCCACCCCCGACCUGUCCACAGUAAGGCAGAGGGAAGGGGCGAGGCAGCCAGUGGGGGAGAGCCUGGCCGCGGGUUGGCUCUGUCCCACAAACUCAGCCCUCCCCAGCUGUGUGACCUCGGCAAGCCACACUCCUCGUCUUAGAUGCUGUGAGCAGGAUUGGGACAGGGCCAGCCGCACAGAAGGUCCUCAAUAAAAUGGCAGUUACUCCCAGG